AUGUACUGGACAGGACGCGCUGCCUGGGACAGGGGCUGCGAAUUUUUUUGUGUCAACGCAAUGAAGGUAAUUGCACAGACUGGCGCAAAAACGAAAGCAGGGCAAGAGUUGGGCAGAGUAGAAGACUUGACCGUGGAAGGUCACGUCAGGCAAGAGGAUGGGGGUCGGGAAGACAGCACCGGGCGGCAAGUGGUGGGUCGACAGGAUGACGGUGCCCGACAAGGGAACAGAGAGUUGGCGGCCAAGUACGUGGAGUAUUUACAGUUGUUGUCGCACCAGUGGAGUUCUGUGAGGGCCGCGUCGUUGCUGACGCCGGAAUUGAUUGAGUAUCUGCAGCCCCGCUAUCAUCGAUGCAGCAGUCCUCUGAAGGUGCGCAUCGUGUCGUCGUUGGUGUACUUGAGUUCGGAAAUUCGCGUCCAGGCGAAAGACAGUCUUAUCAAGCUGCUUGCCGAAGCGGAGGUGGACAAGGAUGAGUGGGUGCGGAAGCUAGGCCGCCUCAUGUCGAGCUUCGUAACCACCGGCUCGAUUGACGUUCGAGAUACGGACAGCGAGACCGCCUUCCAGAUCCUGAAGCACGUAAACAGCAGCAACGUCAAGCACAAACCUCCGCUGGACAUAUCGGAUAUGGUUAAUAUUGUCCACGAGUACAUGUUUGUUGAGUAUAUAUUUGCCGAAGAGCAGCGCACACGUGUGUGCGGCGACGAACAAAUCAGAGAAGACUCCGGCACUCUGCCUGGAAGACUGCCUGGCAGUCGCGGAGGCAAGGGCGGCCACCUAACCGACCCGACUGCCAUGUCUGGCGGCUACCGGCCAAGCGGGUCCCUAUAUGGCGGGCCUCAUUCGCGGCCGCCGACCCCAGAAAACCAAACUGCAGCAUCUGGCGGCAAUGGGUUGUACGGGAUCAGAGGCGGGCCGCUGCCGGCUUCGCUGUUUGGCACAACGGAUUUUAGGCCCGGCUUGGAUCUGCAGCGCAUGUACCAGGAUUUGUGCAAAAAAGGAGACGUCCGACUGGAGGCCUGCCGAACCCCGUGGCCCUAA